AUGCAGGAGCUGCACGUCUCGGACGAGCUCGGCCGCGCCGACCUCAAGACGCCGAGCUACGAGAGCUCCCUCGCCUCCCUCACCGGCCGCCCGCCCAACCUCCGCCUCGGCAUCGGCCUGCCCCUGAGCCGCGUCUACGCCGAGUACUGGGCCGGCGGCCUCGAGCUGCACAGCCUCUGGGGCUACGGCGUCGACGCCUUUUUGCAAAUCUCCAAGCUCGGCAACAAGAACGAGCAGCUGACGACGAGGGCGUCCAUGGACGCGAUAUGA